CUCCACUGAAGGUGGCAGAGUACGAUCAUCCUCAUUCUCACUGUACCUCAUCGAAAGCUAGUUAUUUCCCCACUUGAAGCUUUGAUUCUCUUCCCACUAGUUGAAGGAUCAAUACCAUGGUUUUGACUGAUUUUGGCCUCUAGCUUCUGAGUUGAGCUUAGGGUUUAUUUCUGGUUAUGGGUAUUUCAUGAAUUGUAUUCAACUUCAGCGGAGCAUCCAUAGUUAGAGUAAGAUCUGUGUGGUUUGAUUCAAUAAGUAUGCAUGAAGUUGUUAUCAUUUGCAUAAAUUUUAUAGCUUUUUUGUAGUAUUAGAGCCGGAUGGCAAUAAUUGGAAUUGGGUAUUGCAGAUGAGCUCUUUCUUGUGAUGUUUGGCUCCUAAUAGUUCUUAUUUCAUACAAAGAGAGGGAAGAUGGAUGAUGGGGAGGUUGAGACUUUAGACCGUGCUGUAUUUCCAAAACCCAAUUCCGCUGGUAAUUUCCUGGCUUCAACUUCUGUAGAUACAUUUCGGACAUGCCUUCACACUCACACAUGCAACCUACCUGGCCCUGAUGCUGCACAUACACACACUUGUUAUCACACACAUACACAAGUUAUCCCGUCGAAGGAAAAUGAUGGUGCUGACAGUAAACUGCAUUCGAUAUCGAGACCAAGAAGAAGAAGGCCUUCAGGAAAUAGAGAAGCAGUUCGGAAGUACAGAGAGAAAAAGAAGGCACAUGCAGCUUAUCUUGAGGAGGAAGUAAAGAAAUUGCAGCUGCUGAACCAGCAACUUGUAAUGAAAUUACAGGGGCAGGCAAGUCUGGAAGCAGAAUGUUUAAGGCUUAGAAGCCUUUUGCUGGAAUUCAGAGGAAAAAUUGAUAGUGAGUUGAGUGCUUUUACAUUUGAAAAACAGUUCUAUAAAACUAGUGCUAUUCAUAAGGAAGGAGAUUGUGAACUGCAAUCUAUUGUUGGGGAGACUGGCCUUCGUUGUGAAACUGAUUUACCAAGCUUCUGUCCACCUGCUAUUGGGUUCUCAUUCCCGGCCGGAAUAGUAGGUGAGAGUGAGAAAACAAAGGUCCCAUUUGGAGGAAAUUGUCAGCCCCCAGUAAUUGAUUGUCAAGAUAAUCCAAAUGGGAUGGCAAGUGCUGAAGUACAAAAUUUGCACAUUGCAGAGACUUUGGUAUCAUCAGCAACCCAAGAUAAGUAGCUGUGGCAAAAUUACCAUGUGAAUUUCUUAGAUACUACAGUACAUAUCAAUAUACUAGUAUUUAGUCUAUCAUAGUUUGUAGUAGUGGGUGACUGGCGGUUAAAUUGUUGUGUUUAAAAAGUGUUACUGUGAUGCAUCCUAACUUA